AUGACAGUUGAGAAUCUUAAAAAACUUUUACAAAGUUAUGAUUUUGAAGAUUCCGGUGAUUUAAAUAAAAGUGAAUGGAUAAAAUUAUGCUCACAUUCAACAAUCGAUUUAUCUAGUGAAUUAUCAUUAACUCUAUUCAAUGAACUUGAUAGAGAUAAAGAUGGAUUAGUUAAAAUUUCGGAUAUAUUACAAGAAUUACGUAUAUGGGAAGCAUCGAAUCAACAACUUCAAAAUGUCAGUUAUGAGAAAACUAUAACUGAUUUCAGAGAAGAAGGAGGAAUUUUAGAAGAUGGAUUGAAUACCACGAUCAGGACAAGUGAUAAUCAACAGCAGACAACAGUUGUGUCAACAUCACAAAAUACACAAAAAACAAUUAUCUUGGAAAGAAGAAAACAACGAUGUUCACUGGUUCCGUCUGAAUUGAAUAUACCAUUUGAUGGAAAUGAUCAAUGGUUGCCUAAGAAAGAAAUUAAUCCAGACGGAUCUGAAGUUUUCACUACAACACCUGUCAUGAGGACACCAAGAUACAAUAGUGUUUGUGAAUUGGAGAAUGUGAUCACACAAAAUUAUCCAGAGUUAAUGAGUCCAUUUAAAAUUGUUCUACAAGAUUUUCGUAAAGAACUAUUACACAUAAAAAGGGAAAAAUCUAAAUUAGAAGAAACAUACAUGAAAGAAAAAGCUGCACGUAAAAGUGAUUUGGACAGACUGGAAGGUGAACUGGAAUCACAGAUUAAAUCAAUUGAAGAACGCGCUAAAUAUGAAGUGCAUGAAAAAUUACAAAAUGAGUACAGAACACUGGUCUGCAAUAAAGAGCAAGAAAUCACUGAAAUUCGAGAACAAGUUGAAAAUCUAAGACGCAAAAUUAGUCAUCGUGCUUCUACUAGCUGUGAUUCAAUGAAUAGUCCAAUCACAAUGAAAAAGUUUACGGAAGUAGUUGAUACAUCCAACUGUUACUUCAAUGAGUCACAAUCGCCUACAAUUACAUCAAAUUAUUCCUGGGAAAAAGAAGAAGAAGCUGAAGCUGAACAAAAAUCGUAUAAAAAAGAAUUAGAGAAUGUUUUAACCACAUUAAUUCAACGUGAAGCUGAGCUGAAAGCAUUAAAAGAUCAAUUGGCAAAACAAGAAGCACAGUUAACAAUAGAUAAACGUGAACUAAUUAGUCAUGAGGAAGAGAAACAGAAUCUUUAUUCUCAGCUGAAUGUUAUGCGGACAACAAUGGAGCGGUUAAAUCAAACCAACGACUAUUUGUGUACAGCUUUACAUCAAGGAUCAUUUUGUCGACGCAGCAGAAAUUCACCAUCUAGUAUCUUUUCAGAAUUUUUGGAACAAAGUGGAUUUUUACUUGAUAAUAAUGAAAGUUUUCCAACUGGGAGUCGGAUAUCUCCUGCCAUCACAUUUCCUCUUGAGCAGUAUGAAUUUGACAGUUUAGAAGAUGUCCUACCAGCCCAACAACAGCAACAGCAGCAACAUCAACAUCGUCAACAACAACCACAACAACAACAACAAAAUCAUCAACAUCAUGAUUCAACAUGUCGACGAUCAGAUUAUUCAAGUGAAAAUGUCAGUAGCAUUAGCGCCUUUAAUUAUGACAAGAAUGAAUUUCCAAGUCCAGAGAGUAAUAACACUGAGAAUGUGGAAGAUGGAAACGAAGUAGACGGACAACAGAAACAAUUGUCUCUAUCAGUUACACCAACACGAAUCUUCAAAGUAAUAAUGGUAGGCGAUUCAGGUGUUGGUAAAUCCAGUUUCUCCUAUCGAUUCUGUGAUGGUGUAUUCUAUCCACAUUUAAGAGCUACUCUGGGGGUUGAUUUCCGUACAAAAAACAUUCGAAUGAAUAAUUCAGUUUAUACUAUUCAAUUGUGGGAUACUGCAGGACAAGAAACAUAUCGUUGUAUCAUCCGUUCAUAUUUCCGAAAAAUUGAUGGUGUAAUUUUAAUGUACGCUGUAGAUCAACCUGAAACAUUUGCAAAUAUUAAAUACUGGAUGGAAACAAUAAGAGAAUCUGUGAGUGAUGUUCAAGUUCCAAUUCUUCUUGUUGGAAAUAAAAUUGACUUACGCAAUAUGAAAAGUAAAGAUGAUGUUCAGCAAGAAAGCAACAAUAAACCACGUAAUUAUAUCUCAUAUGAAACCGGUAAACACCUAGCCAGUCUACAUCAAGUUUUGUUUAUUGAGACUAGUGUGCUAAGCAAACACAACGUCACUGAGGCUAUUGAAUUAUUGACACAAGAAAUGAAACUGAUCGAAGAUAAACAAGUUGCCGGUGUCACAAUAAUCCCUUCAAUGAAAGAUUUCAAUUCUGAUGCUAGGAAGAACAAAACAAAUAAACGAGUAACCUGUUGUACAUAG